AUGGCGGCUUUCAACUUCACCCCCUCUGACUCUUUAUCAUUCAUCCUCAUGGGCAUCCCUGGCCUGGAAGCUGACUACAUAUGGAUUGCCAUCCCUUUCUCUACUGUCUAUACUGUUGGACUUUUGGGAAACAUCACAGUUCUGUUUUUGGUAGGCAAAGAGCAGAGCCUGCAUCAGCCGAUGUACCUGCUGCUCUGCAUGUUGGCGCUCACCGACAUCGGCAUCUCUACCUCCGUUGUGCCGAAGGCCCUGUGUAUUUUUUGGUUCAAUAUGAAAGACAUUACUAUGGCUGGCUGCCUCACCCAAAUGUUUUUCCUUCAUGCAGUUUCUCUGAUGCAGUCAGCCGUCCUUGUGACGAUGGCCUUUGAUCGCUACAUUGCCAUAUGUUACCCUCUGAACUAUGCCACCAUCCUCACCAACACCCGGAUUGGGAAGCUGGGAGUUGCAGGUUUGGUGAGAUCUGUUCUCUUCGUUCUGCCCCUGCCUGUGCUGAUGAGCCGGCAGCCAUUCUGUGCCAACCACAUUAUCCCCCACACGUACUGCGAGCACAUAGCUGUGGCAAAGAUAUCGUGUGGGGACACCACGGUCAACAGGAUGUACGGCUUGGUGAUGGCGUUUGUGGUUAUUGGGUUAGAUCUGAUGCUGGUUGUGCUGUCCUAUGGUCUGAUCCUCAGGGCCGUCCUCAGAAUCUCCUCCAGGAAAGCCCACCAGAAAGCCCUCAACACCUGCACUGCCCACAUCUGUGUGAUGGUGAUGUCUUUUACUCUCUUCUUCUUCUCCACUCUCACACACCGGUUUGGUCAGAGCGUCGCUCCCCAUGUUCAUAUCAUCUUGGCCAACCUCUUCUACCUCUUCCCCCCCAUGCUCAACCCUAUCAUUUAUGGAGUCAAAACAAAAGAGCUUCGUGAGAAAGUGGGAAAAUACACAUGCAAAGGGUGA